AUGGGCAUAGUUUCUCUUUUACUGGCAGGAAAAGUGCAAUGUAAUUGCUUGUUGAACUUGACUUCUGUUCUUACCUCGUCGAAUGUGAUCUGUCCUCCAACCAGUGUCUUCCUCAUUUGUACCUUGCUCUACACAUGGCGAUGUCUCUCGUACGUGUCUAAGGAUGAUGAUGAACAAUCCAAGCUGAGUGGCAAGCAAUUGUCUCUCUCCUUCGAGCACGUUACCCUUCACGUUAGAAGCCGGAAGCAUCCAGGCCAAUUCGUACCAUACUCAGAGGGGAAUGCAGCGACGAGUCCUGUCGCUUCUGCUGCAGAUAGGCGGCUUCCUGACGUUGCAGCACUGUUCAAUGUCAGCAUGAAGUCGAAUAAGAGAAGGAUGAGUACUUACACGGUAGCUAGAGGGACCAGGACAAUCACCACUGCGUUAUGA